GCCCAAGGCGUAGAAGUGGGGAUUGGAGGCUUGCCUGGCGCACAGAGCUAUAUCACAGCGUUAACAAGCAGCGCGGCGCGUCAUUUGGACUGCAGUCACCGACGGGCGCAUCACGGCUGCCUCCGUCAGGGACACACAUGCACCAGUCSUCAACGACGGGGGAACCCACCGACGACCCGAGCCCGCCCAGUUGUCCCCAGUCACCUGCUAUUAGAGAGACUUUUUUUCUGGCUUUUCCUCUGCUGGGAGACGCUUUGUGAAAGUCCUCCAUGAUGCUUGGAGCAGUUAAAAUGGAAGGACACGAACACACCGACUGGAGCACCUACUACGGAGAGCCCGAGUGUUACACCUCGGUUGGCAACAUGAACACAGGCCUGGGAAUGAACUCCAUGAAUACCUACAUGAGCAUGUCCGGCAUGAGCACCACGGCCAACAUGACGGCCAACUCCAUGAACAUGUCUUACGUCAACACGGGCAUGAGCCCCUCCAUGACCAGCAUGUCCCCGUGCACCGGAGCCAUGAACGGCAUGGGCGCGGGCAUGACGGCCAUGAGCGCAGCCCUGAGCCCCAGCAUGAGCCCCAUGACGGCGCAGCCCGCGUCCAUGAACGCCCUCACGUCCUACACCAACAUGAACGCCAUGAGCCCCAUCUACGGACAGUCCAACAUCAACAGAUCCAGAGACCCCAAGACUUACCGCAGGAGCUACACGCACGCCAAGCCCCCGUAUUCCUACAUUUCCCUCAUCACCAUGGCCAUCCAGCAGUCUCCCAGUAAGAUGCUGACGUUGGCCGAGAUCUACCAGUGGAUAAUGGACCUGUUCCCCUUUUACCGACAGAACCAGCAGCGCUGGCAGAACUCCAUCCGCCACUCUCUGUCUUUUAACGACUGUUUCCUCAAAGUGCCCAGGUCGCCGGAUAAACCCGGGAAAGGCUCGUUUUGGACUCUCCACCCGGACUCCGGGAACAUGUUCGAGAACGGCUGCUACCUGAGGCGGCAGAAGCGCUUCAAGUGCGAGAAGAAGGUGACGCUGAAGGACUCCGGGCGCAAAGGCGCGGACGGCGGCUCGUCCAACUCCAGCUCGGAGAGCUGCAACGGCAACGAGUCCCCGCACUCCAACUCGUCCUCCGCGGACCACAAGCGGUCCCUGUCGGACAUGAAGGCGGCGGGCCAGGCCCUGAGCCCGGAGCACACCGCCACCUCCCCGGUGUCGCAGGGGCAGCAGCAGCAGCACCUCAUGUCGCAGCACCACUCGGUCCUGACGCACGACGCGCACCUGAAGCCGGAGCACCACUACUCGUUCAACCACCCGUUCUCCAUCAACAACCUCAUGUCCUCGGAGCAGCAGCACCACAAAAUGGACCUAAAGACUUACGAGCAGGUGAUGCACUACUCUGGAUACGGCUCCCCGAUGGCCGGGGCGCUUUCUAUGGGCUCCAUGGCGGGGAAAGCCGGUCUGGAUUCUGCAUCUAUACCCGACACAUCCUACUACCAAGGCGUUUAUUCAAGGCCAAUUAUGAACUCCUCAUAAACUUGCAACGUGGACUUUUUUCCCCCUCUUUGUAUAUUUGUAAAAAAAAAAAAAAACGCAAACCAACAUGAAACAAACAAAAAAAUAUAGACUUUGUGUACAAUAUGAUAUUUUGGACGUUUCUCACCGUUUUAGUUGUCAAGUUUGUUAGUAGCCUAAUUUUUUUUGAAAGAGGAUGUUGAUGAUAAAACUCAUAAUAAUAAUAAUAAAAAUAAUGUGACGAGGAAUGGACCCCAAAGACACACACUCGCUGUAUAAUGGCUUACUUCUGCAGAAAUUCCGAAAUGACUUUAAACGCAUCGCAGGAUUUGUUCAAUCAUUUGUGUAAUUCCUAUUUAUGGCUUGUAUAUGUGUAUUUCUUGUAGUGACAAGAACAGAAUCUAUAUUAAAGUGUUAUUGGUUUUGUUUUUUGAAAAUCA